AGAAACGUGCAUCGCGUUUUGUUACGUGAGUUUUGACUCGUACGUGCGUUUUGAGGCGAUCACGCCAUAAUUAGCGAAUCACGCCACACUUGGCUUCGACGUUCGUCCUGCAUCAUCAACAAAACGGUGGUAGUCCGAUCACAUCUCUAAUUUUGGUAUAUUUCAGCGCAUUUGCAGUAACUGCAGCCCUAACAAUGGCACCACGUAAUAUUAUUGACGCCUCUGAGGAUGACUUUCUGCUGGCCCAAGACGAAGUUGAGCCGGUAAUAACGGAAGCGACUCAUGCACAGAAAAGACCUCCCAUGAAGAUGGUGUGGAGAAAUAUUAUUGUUUACUCUUUGUUUCACAUCGGAUCCCUAUAUGCACUGUGGCUGAUCCCAAAGGCAAAACUAGCAACAUUUGCUUGGUUAAUAUCAUGGUACUUGUUCUGUGCCCUGGGCAUCACUGCAGGAGUCCACCGACUGUGGUCACACCGAUCCUACAAGGCCAAGCUGCCCCUGAGAAUCCUAUUGGCAAUCAUGCAGGCUGGUGCGCUUCAGAAUGACAUCAUUGAAUGGGCACGGGACCACCGAGUUCACCACAAGUAUUCGGAGACUGAUGGCGACCCACACAACGCCAAGAGGGGAUUCUUCUUCGCACACAUGGGCUGGCUGCUGGUGAGGAAACACCCGGAGGUGGCGGCCAAGGGCAAACAGAUUGACAUGUCCGAUCUCUACAGAGACCCGGUGUGCAGGCUCCAGAGGAGACUCUACAAGCCGUUAGUUCUGGUGGUCUGUUUCGUGAUACCAACAUUGGUCCCGUGGUACAUGUGGGGUGAGCAGUUCUACGUCGCCGCCUACUUGAACCUACUUCGAUUCUGUCUCCUGCUGCACGCCACCUGGAUGAUUAACAGUGUGGCCCACAUGUGGGGCAUGCGACCGUAUGACAAUCGCAUCAACCCGAGGGAAAACCCAAGUGUUGCCCUGAGCGCCAUCGGAGAGGGUUUCCAUAACUACCACCACGUGUUCCCCCAGGACUACUGUACGAGUGAAUUCGGUUGGCGCUUCAAUAUAACAACCUUUUUCAUUGAUGCUGCUGCUUACGUGGGCCAGGCGUAUGACCGGAAGAAAAUCCCAGCGGAUAUUGUACUCAAGAGACGAGAAAGAACGGGUGAUGGCUCCUUCUAGCUGGAAGUUUAAAACCAAAGUUGUCAGAAAACAUUUUGGUAGAUUUGAUACGAUUUUAAGUUAGCUUUUUUUGUAUGCUUUCUCUUAAAAUGUGCACUUUGAAGUGUUUUAUUUGAAACGUGUAUCGAGAAAAUAACAUUCCUAGAUGCAUUGCUGCUUAGGGUAUAUGCAUUUUUGCUAAAGUUCUUUUGCUUCUAAAUAAUAUUGCUGAAACUGUUUUUGGUUUAAAUAUUUUAUAAUAAUAUUACUAGCUUAUUUAAAAUUGAUAAAAACUAUGAGAACAAAAUGUGUAUAUAAAAUAGUUAUGCAGUGCUUAUUAAAUGACAAAUAUUAUUGUUUUCUUCAUAGUGAAUAUUUCCAAGUAGAAUUCAAAACUUAAGCUUUCCUAAGAUGCAGUGUUAAGGACAAGAGAUGACAUCUGAAAAAGGAAACAGAAAUUAUAUUUUCAGUCACUGCAACCACAAUAAAACUACUUGAAAAAGCAAGUAUGUAAAAGAAAAUAUUUCUUCUUUAAGAGCAAAAUUUCUUUAGUCUUCAACAAUGACUGCCUCUUUGUCAUAUGUUUUAAAUGUUUUGUAAAAUUAAAAAUAUUUUAGUUCAACGCUAGCUAAGUCAUGGCAUGUUACCUUAUAAUCCUUCCUGCAGAGAAUGCCUUUUUUCCUACUAUGGAAUUUACUAUGGAAUUUACUAUGGAAUUUACUACAUGCUAUUUAUUUCUGAGCCAAUUGUAUUCUAAAUUGCACCCAAAAAUAGGUGUUUUUUUUGUUAUUUCCAAAAUAAAUACUUUUGUCAAACCAAACUGAAAUUAUUUACAAAAAAAUACAUUUUUGUAGAAGGAUGGGACGGACUAUAAUUAGUCUUAUCUGUUUCGUUACUGUUUUGCCACAUGCAAAAGUGAUUUAUUAUUUUUCUUAACACUGUUAAAAUAUGCAACUUUUAGUCUUCUCCAUGAGUAACAUCGAGGCGAAAUGGUGCUAGGCGAGCGAUCACAUGGAGUUUGAAAUAAAAUUAUUAUAAAUUUUAUUGCAAGGUGAUCCGUGUACUAGUCUAGUCUUGUAAAAUUGACGAGGCGAUCAUGGAGGGGAGCUUAAGUAAUCACUCACCUUUCCUGGCAAAGACUGACUUUCAAGUUACACAUGCUCCGUUUAUUGCGACUAAUUAUUUCCAUGCUUUUAUGUUUUGUACAUGUAGUCCCAACAUAUUUUGUUUUAAUAUUAUCACCGUUUUUGUAACAUUGCCUAUAGUAUAAUUGUUUUCAAAGUACCCAUAGUCACAUGAUUGAUAUUUCUAUUCCUUGGUCUUACAAUGAAACAAAAAUACUAUGCCAACAUUUGGUCAAAGCCAAAUAAAAAUAAUAAAAUGACUCGACAUAGACAUUUAUUUUUCAGAAAAUUGUUUUGGAAAUUGUGGGAUCAGUGUGCAUUUAUUUAGGUGUUAACUGUAUACACCGUUAAAUUGUUAAAUAAUGUUUCCAGUGGUGCCAUGACAUUCAUACUUUUUGCUAAUUUCACAUUUUUAGUGAUUUCAUUUAAAUAUAUAGAGUUUGUCUAGGUGUUGGGUACCUUGUGAUACAUAAUUCUAAAUCAAAUUUUGUGACUGGGUUCUUAUAUUGACUUGUGGUUGCAGUGUUCAGAAUCUGCGAUAUUGCCAUUAUAUUUCUAUUUUUCACUCUAAUAUUAGAUGUAAAGUAUAUUAAGUAUAUUAACACGAGUAACUGUUUUGGUAUAGAAAUUCUAUUUUUUUAAUAAGGGAUUGUCUUGAAUUUUUAAUUUUUUUAGCAGGUUUUGGGCCUGUAGGGCAGAAAUGAAUCCACUGUCUUAUCGAAUUCAAGCUAAUUCCUUCAAUAUUUAAUUUACCCCCUCCUAGUUAGAACCUUGAAAAUAACCUUUUUGUGUUGUGGUGGUGUUACCCUUAGUUUUAGUUGUACAAGAUUUGGCACAUUAAUAUCCUGUAAAUACAUUUCUAAUUGUGAAGUUGUAUUGUAUUUGUGUGUUUCAAGUUAACAAUGUUACAUUUAAUUUGUUGUGAAUAUAUUUCAUUUAUAUUCUUGUAGUCCUUUAUUGUUUUGAUUUAUCUGAAGAUUGUUUUCCAUGCAACCUUUCCAAAUGAGAUAUAACAGAUGAGUAAGGUUAUGAUUGCAUUUUGACUGGUCUAAUAAUCUACAAUUUAUAAUGUCUGCAGACUAUUUACAUGUGAGAUAUGAAUGGUUUUUAACUUGUAGUAUUGUCUGUGGAAAAAGCAUGGUUUGUAUUUAACAUUAUCUAAAUGUAACCUAUGAAGAAAUGAAAGUAAAAAAAAUAAAUAAAUAGACAUGUAAAUGUAUUAAACAUAUAGGCUGUUUUUGGUGUACAGUUUUCUUGCUGUUUCAAAGAUAUGCUUUAAAGAUACUUCAACAAUGUGAUCUCAAGAAUGGUUAAAACAAUUGUUUUACUGACCUUAUACAUGUAUGCACAUUGUAUAUUGUUUUUGUAACUUUAACAAGAUAUAGAUUUGUCUUGGUGAUUACAGCUUACUAAUCUCUCUAUGUCUGUUCAAUAGUCACAAUUAAAAUAAUACUUUUGAAACUUCCAUGAUUGCUUUUGUAACAUUCCAUAAAAUUUGAAGAAUGAAAAAUGACGUAUAAAUUAUAUGCUCGGCUAAAACUAAUCUGGGUACAAAUUAGUGAGUGUGUUAUAAAUAUUAAUGUUGUAGGGCAUUAUAAUUUGUUUUAUAAAUUAAGAAAUAGCAACAUUAUAACAAACUGCUGCAUGAAAAUCUGUGGCAUUAUUCUGUAAACUAGUUUGGGUUUGAAAGUAAAUGGAUAUACGACAUUAGAAAUUAAAGCAUUUUAUACACUACAGAGGAUAUUUUUUUACUGUUUGUAAUUCUGAUUUAAUUAAUAGAUGAUGUAGUUAAGACAUAUUAACUCCCAUGAACAUUAAUCACUUGAUAAUUCGGACACGAGAUGGUUGAAGUCCAAUCUAGUCAUUCCAUCAGGGUUUAUCUGUAACCUUGAGGGGUAAAUUGUCUUCCACCCAGUUCCAUUUAUAUAGCAUUAUUCUUAUUAUGAAUACUUUAUUACUAUUAUUAUUAUUAUUAUUAUUAUUACUAUUAUUAUUAUCAUUUUCAUUAUUAUUAUUUUGUUAUUAUUAAUUUGUUAUGAAUGAUGCAUGUACACAUGUAUUAACAUAAAGGAACCAUUAAACUUAAAAAAUGUAAAAAAGUACGAAAUACUUUUAAAGAAAAGUUGACAUACCUGUUUGUAGUCUGUUGGGAGUAAAAUUGUUACACCUGAUUAAAAUGUGCUGCAGUUCCAGCUAAAGUAGACUGAGUGAAUAUAACAUUGAGGAGAACUUGUAAUGUUUUAUUUUAAAUUCCAUAUGUUUUAUUAGAGUGGAGACAAUCUAGAAUCCAGUGUUAUCAGAGUAAAACUUAUCAGGUUUAAAACGGAGCUUGGGUUGUUGAUACACAUGGAAAACCUUCAGUUUGUGUUGUAAAUUUCAUGAAAGUAUGCAUUGGAUCACUACAUGGUUUUAUUAAGAGAAGAUGUAGAACCCAGUGACACUGGAUUAAAACUAUUGUCGGUGAUUUGCCAUGUUUGUGUGGUUCAGUUGUUAGUAUAAAUGUGGAAUGGACAUGAUCCACUAUUUUUGUUUUGACCUAGUUUGUCAGAGUUGUGAAUCAAUAAUAGUGCAGGUUUGCCUAUUUAGUGCUACAUUUUUUGUUCCUAGGUUUAUUUUAGUAUUUAGAAUGUUUGGGGUUUUUUAAAUAUUUUUUGUCGAAAGAAUAAUUCUGUACAUACACUGCAGGUUGGUAAGGUUUUUGUUGUGUUUUUUAACUGUUACUUGGUGAUCACAUAUUAAUGAUGCUUUACACCGGUGAUUGUGUACUAAUUGCUUUACAAAUUUUAUUUUUUAAUUAUUACAUGCUGUUUUGAAGUUUGUUGUUGGUUUUUGUUGAUGUGAAUAGUUGGAGUGAGUAUAAAGCUAUGAGGGGAGCUGGGUCGUGAAGUGACGUACUGGCCAAUGGAUGGUGAUUCUUCUGUAUUUGUUUAACAUUCACCAACGAUAAGGUCUUCAUCUUCCAUAAACAAGUAACAAAAACUAACAAAAUAAAACUUGAAAUCCUAAAAAAAAUGCAAACAAUUAAUGGUAAAGACAGGAUUGACGAUGGGGCAGAUAGAUUUACAGUGAGGUUGAGGGACUGUUUUGCAACUUUGCAAUGAAAUUAGUUGCACUAAAUGUAUGACUGUAUGUUGGUGUAGUUGAUAAAUUUGACACAUGCAAUCAUAUGUAGUUGAAGGUAUUGAGUUACGACCAGCAACACAUUUUAAAAAUUGUAUUUUUUCCAGUUUUCUUUCUGGUCUGAUUACCAACAAUACUAUUAAUUGAAACAAAUUGUUCUACAAGAAAGAUGAAGUUAGGUUUAGUAUAAUCUAUUUAUGUGUAUGUAUGAGCUAAAUUGGCAAUUAAUAUAAAAAUGUUCCAAUAGUUAAAAACUGUUAAAACUGAAUCACAUUAUACAGUGCACUUAUAUAGCUUUAGUAUGUUAGUACAGUCAUUGUUUUGUAAAUCAAUACACAGUAAUAUAUAUAAAGCAUGGAUGUGUAGCAUGGUGUAUCAUAUCUGUGAAAGUUACUGUGAAAUACUUAACAAAUGGAUCAGAAUGUGAUAUGGAGAUAUUGAGAUGAGUGUGGGAUACCAAAGACUGAAAUAUUGCCAUUUGUGACUAGUUAAAGAGAAAUCAAAAUUUGUUACCAUCACAUACCGAGCUAAGUCAAAUUUUGGAAAAAAUGAAAUCCAUUUUUGUUUUUAUUUUGAUUUUUAUAGACAGUCAAACUCUGAUAACUCGAAUGUGAUCUCUUAAAAAGUUCGAUCUCUCAAACUAAUGUGCUAGUCCAGGCUGAAUUAUUAUAUAAAUAAGUAAUAAUACACUUAAAAAAUUGAAACCUCGAAAACUCAAAACCUCUCAGCGUAAUUUCUUAUCCAAUAUACAGAUUAAAUAUGUAUUAAACUUCCACAACUCUGAUUGUGAGGAGUGAUCAAACUAUUGUUGAUGGCAACAUAAGAAUGAAUUGUCUGCCAUGUGACAAGUGUGUAUCGCAUUAAGUCUUGGCAGUCGAUGCUUCUGGUGGAAUAUAGUAGUGACUACAGAAUAAUACAUCAUCAACUUGACGGAUCAAAAUAUGUGUGUGUCUAUCUAUUAGGUUCUCUUUAUUUAUUACAGACACCAUAUGGCUACCUUUAAACAUAUACCUGCUGAACCGUAAACAUUCUGAUUAAUAUUAAUAACACUAUGAAAGAGAAUUGAUUUAUACAUGUCCUAAAAUCGGAAAAAUAUUUUGACAACUUAUUUCCCCCCUUAUUUAUACGUACAUAUGUUUGUGCCUGUUUUUAUUUCAUCUGUCACAGGCAAUAAACACAUUUAUAUAUAUCUAUGUAUGUAAGUCAAGUUCAUUUCAGUUGUCUUUUAUUUUUUUAUUUAUCUGGUUUUACAAUAGGAAGGAAAUUACCUUUUUGACAGUAAAACGAAGUCUCAUUUUUUUUUUUUUUGCAGUUUGAAUUUCCCAUACUAAUUUUUAAAAAACUCUGAACACGAACUAUUUCUCUGUCCACAUCAGUUUUGAGUUGUCGAAAGUUUGACUGUACAUGUUGUGUGUAUGUGUGUGCAUCAUUUAUUGAAUAUUAAUAUUGUACUUCUAACACUGUUUUAAAGCUUGUUUUGUUUGCUUGGUGAAUUUAACAAUAGAUUAAUUUUGUCUCCCCACUUACCCCUAAUCAACAAGAUCCUGACGAUUUUCCCCUACCAAAUAGACACCUGUGGAUUUCAAGUACACAGCAACAAAUUAUAAAGAUUUAUUUGUGUAUUAUAUUUUUGAAAUAACUACUAGCCUGCGUUAAUUAAUUACAGGUAACUUUUUGACAUUUUAUUUAAUUUAACAAGGCAUAUUGCUUUGAUUUAUACUCAACAAAAAUAAUUAAGGGCUAGUAAAUGGUUUCUGCAUUUUUCUCUCUCUCUCUAUAUAUAUAUAUACUGGUAUACAACAUACAAAAACGCAAUGAGAGUAUGAUUUUUGCAUACAUCACUUGUCAAAAUAUACUUGAUCAUCUUUGAUCAAAUGUUGCUAACAUUACACUUGAAAAAGAAACUUCACCAGAAAGUACUGGCCCUUAAUUAAUGUUGUUGAGUAUAAUUUCAAAGAACUUUCUUGCACUGGAUUAACACAUGCUUUGUGACAUUUCUAAAUGAUUGCUAGCCAGGGUUUUGUGCUUAAUGAAAAACAACAGAACCUACAUACUGAAUAUAUCCCCUGAUUAAAAAUCUAUAUCAUUUAAUGCCACAUGAAUCUACUAUUUUAACAAUACAUAUUCCCCGUUAAUAACCUGCUAAUUCUCACCAAUCUCAUACUGGGUUUUGUAGCGAUCUAUGGUGAUGAGUACUUGAUAUUAAAUGAUUUAUCAAUGCUUCUCAUACCAAAUCAGUGGGUGCUAUAUAAAUACUGUACACAUUUUAUAUUAUAUUGAUUCUCUGAGUAAUCUUGUUAUAUCAGAAUUUAUUGUGACGUGAUAACACUAGAUUGGUACACACCAGUCUGACACUGUAAACAGUUAACAGAUGCGAGAUGACAUUAGCUAACUAAUUAAAUGAAUUCCAUAAAUAUGCACAUGUUGCUAGUACUUUUAAUAACCUGUACAUUCAGUACAUAUUCUUGUCCUGGUUGUCAUGGUAAUAAUCUGUGUAAAAUGCUUUUCACAUUCACACAGACUAGCAGGUUAUAUGAUGUUGGUGAGAUAAUAAGAUGGCAAGUCCCAGUCUUUCGUAAUUAACUAUUAAAUACGGUACUAAAAAUGUCAGAAAACAACAUACUUUCUUGAGGCUAUGGCAUUAAUGCAACAGAUUUGAAAGAUAUUAUUUAGCAUUUUGUUUGUUAUCUAACUAUAUAUUCUAGUGUUACAUGUAACACAGCAAUACUACAUACUGCAAUACACCGUAAAUUCAAAUACCAUAUAAAAGAAAUUUUAUGAACUAUUAAAUUGAGUAACACUUACUUUCUUUUAAAAAACAUUUUGGUUGAUGUAAAAAGGGGAGGUAACAAAGUGAAAUAUUUCUUUAAAGGCCCCUUGAAAUGAUUCUGUUCAUUGAUGAAGUGGAUCUGAAAAUAAGCAAUAUGCGUAUAUAGAAACCUCUCUACUUCAAAUACUCCUGAUUUGGGAAUCUUGGUCUGUUCAGUGCGGUUUUUGUUUGUGGCCUAUAAGUUUGUGCUGCCAGGUUGUUCAAAUUGUGUGUGUAUCUUCCAUCUUCCAUCAGUCUGUUAAUUUCUUAUAUAAUCUUACACGGUAAUAGUACACACAUACGAUUAACGCAGACAGUGCUAAAGUGAAAUCCAGCUUGCAGUAUGUUGGCAGUGUUGAACAUUAUUGUUUCUUUUUAAUUCUUGAUUUUUAUUCGCUAAAAUGAAUGUGCUACAUGUUUUGAUUAUUGAAACUGAUUUGCAAACUUUGGUUGUAUGCUUGUUCAUAGCAAUAUUUUGUAGAAUGGAAAUGUUUGAAAGAUUUGUUUUGUUUCAUUUACAAGCAAUUAUCUGAAAAUGAAUGUUAUUUGGUUAAAAUUAUUUGGAAUUAAUAAAAUGCAAGAGCAAUU